AUGCGUGGACGAAUGAUGGUUGCGGCGUUGACAAGGCGUCCGAUAGUAAAAGUCGAAAAGUCAAUGCAUACAAUGCUUCAGACACAGUUGGAAGCGAUUUACGUUAAAGUGACGGACAUUUCAGGGGGCUGCGGCUCGAUGUUUGAUGUCGAAGUUGUGUCACCACAUUUUGCGGGUCAGUCACGCGUCAAACAACAUCGUAUGGUCAAUCAGAUUCUUAAGGAAGAGAUCAAGAGCAUGCAUGGCCUCACCAUUAAAACUAUGACGCCAGAGCAAUUUCAGACCAAGUAG